AUGGCUACACCAGAUUCGUAUCGAUCAAUUUGUGAAAAAUUCAAUGUGGGUAAAGCCACAGCGUUACGCGCUAUGAGAAGAGUAUCUAAAACAAUUGCCAAAUUAUCUCCUCUUUUUAUUACAUGGCUAGAAAGUAACAGAGCAGAAAAUGUAACGAAGGGAUUUUUUACAACAAGUGCUUUUCCUAAAGUGUUAAGUGCCAUAGAUGGCACACAUAUAAAUAUAACUGCUUCACAUAUCAGUCCCGAAACAUAUAUUAAUAGAAAAGAGCAUCAUAGUAUACAAUUACAAGUAAUUUACGAUCAUGAGCGACGAUUUAUUCAUUGUUAUGCCGGAAAUGUUGGUUCUGUCCAUGAUCAACGAGUAUUUCGUUUGUCUGAAGUCUAUAAUUAUUUGGAAGAUCUUGAAAAGUUUCCUAAUAAUAGUCAAUUAGUAGGUGAUGCAACAUAUACUCUUCAUGAAUGCUUAUUAACACCAUAUCGCGAUAAUGGACAUCUCACAAAUAGACAAAAAAAUUAUAAUUUUUGCCACUCAUCUGCUCGAAUGGUUAUCAAACGGACAUUUGGACAGACUUAUUAA